AUGUUCGCGGCGGGAAUUCCGCUGUUUGAUGGCUGGGAAUCUGCAUUUCCAGCUCGGCGUACAGAUUGUGACGUACUUUGCCAAGGUGGAAUAAAAGUAGAAACCCUCCCACCACCCCGAAGGGUUUUCCGCGCUUACCAAGGCAGGCAGCCGCACUGGAGCGCUCAGCGGCACGAGGGCGAUCCUUCCCCUCAUCUCGCCGUCACUGAAGGUGCAAUAUCACUUACACUGAUAAAAAAGCCUGCCCAGAAGUUCGGCAUUUGUUUGUCAGAAAUAUGUGAGGAUAAAACAGCUCCUAUAUCUCAAAAGCAGCCGAAACUUCUGACUGCUUGAAAAUGAGCAUGACUAACAGCACAGGCUUAAGACAUGUCACAUGUCAGUCUGCCUAAAUACUGGGGAAGAACAUAGAGAAAAUCUACGUGGCAGGUUUGUUGACUGGACAUGCUGUGUGUAAUCAAACGUACUACAUGGAUUCUUAAAGAUUUGUCAACAAGAAGAAAUGAAUCAGCAGAACUACCCCAGUGUAACUCAACAUGUGCACAAUGCAGCUGUAGAACCGCGGGCACUACAGCCACGCUGAGCCCACGGACGCCGUGAGCCCCAUCGUCCGAGUUACCAGGCAUCUUCUGAGACUCCAACUCCGGAUUACUCCUCUACAGCUGAAAGCGUGCAGAAUCCCUCGGACUCGGCGCGCCGGGUCGCUGUGUGAGGCUGCCGGGCCCUCUCUCCCGCCUCCCGCUUCCAGGCGGGACGGGAUGGACGGCGCCUCGCCCUCCCCGCCGCGGAACGUUUAGAGGCCGGAACCUUCCGCCCGCCUGGCGGGGAAGAGGCGGGGGAAGAGAAAAGAGCGGACGCGGCGCCGUCGCCAUUGCACAGGUUCCGCUCCCGCCGUCGCGGCCGCCGCCAUUCCCGGCCUGUCCCGGCCAUGUACCGGCCGGGAUUCCGCGCACCGACACCUCCCUACGCUGGCGGCGGAUUCCGGAGCCCUCCCUCCGGCGGAGGACCCCUGCCGCCCUCUCCGCGGCGCUACGGGAGCCCCCACCAGACGCCGCCCUACGGCCAUCGGCCCGGGCCGUACGGCAGCGGCCUCUCGCCCCGAGGCCCCGGGUUCCACGGGCGCUUCGGGAGCCCCUCGCCGGGGGCUCAGACCCCGCGCAGGCCGCAGAGUGUCAGUCCCCGGUACCCGGCUCCGUACGGCGGCGCGUCCCCGGCCGGAGCGCCUCUGCACCCGCCGCCGCAGCACAAGCGCUCGCCCGGCGGCUUCCAGAGGCACUUCCAGGGAUCACCCAGGACAUCUACUCCAUUUGGUACAGCGCAUGGCAGAGAGAAAAGAGUGUCUAAUGAUGUGGAAAACUAUUACAGACCUUCAAUGCUUGAGGACCCAUGGGCUGGCCUAGAGCCAGUGUCUGUUACAGACAUAAACCAGCAAUACAGCAGUGAGCAAACAACAUGUACUACUAAAAAAGGGAGGUAUUUCAGCUAACACUUUUAAAGACCAAAUAAUUCCAUCUUGUCAGGAAAACUUUGGGACAGAAUCUUUACACUUACACAAGAUGAACAAUAAUCAAGACCUUAGAUAAUACUUUUAUUUCAUCACGUCCACCCUUUUAUCCUACCUUUUUUUUAUUGCAUUGGAUAUUUUUACGUAUGGGAGGCAAAAGGAGUGGUGGGAAAACUUACAUUUUUGGCUAUGUGGAAGUGCCUACCAGCUCUGAAGAACAAAGUGUUCUUUUAUCACCAGCGACUGAUUUGCGACUGUUAAAACAGGUUUCAUAUACUUACCUCUCCCAUGCCAGAUUGUUAGCCUUCUGUUGUAAAGUCUCUUAGGAAGUGGUAUUUUUCAUGUUUCAACAUUUUUAGAUUGAAAUAACUUGGAAAUAAAAUAAAGUUUUGUAAAUCUUUGUUUUGUAACGUAUAAAGAAUAUUUUAGGAGUUUUGUUAAGGUGAACACAUUAACACAGUAAUUCACAACACUGAAAUUAGGUGACUUCUGUAAGUGUGCUUGUAUGCUGUAGUUAACAUCUGGUUUUGUGCAUAAUAAUUUUUGUUAAUUGCAGUGUAAUGUGAAGUUGAAACAUGACUUAUAGCCAUCUCAGGAAACAAAUGUAUUGGUUUUGGAAAGUUUAAUUUGUUGAACAAACUUGAGUCACAAACUUAAUUCUGGAGUUAUUUGCUUUUGUGUUUAAAAAAAAAAUAUAUAUAUAUGGAUCAAUAUUAGAAAUUUCUGGAUUAUAGGAACAAGUCUGUUCAUUGACAGUUUAAGUCAAGAGAAUGCAUAAAACAUAAAGCUUAAGUAAAUGCAAAUACUCUUUCUGGAUCCACCUGCUAGAAUAGUACAGAAUGAGUGACAGUUUUUGUUACACAGUUGAUGUUAGUACAUGCAUAGCAUCUUUUUUUAAUGCAUUUUAUAUUUUUCAAUUAUUUUAUAUUUCAUUACCAGGAGAAUUGUUUUGUGUGUGUACAUGCUAUAUUUUUAUACUGAAGAGGAAAGCAAUGCUUUGGGUUUUUUUAGAGCUUGUCUUUACAUGGAAGAUCCAUGCUUAAAUCCAGGAGUAAAUAUCAUAAUCUAGAAUAAAAAAGACAUAGUUCCAGCUGCAGGCUUGUUUUAACUUGCCAUGUUAAGUCUGCAGUAGUUAGAUAAAUUUAGAUAAAUUUGUUAUUGAACUAUUUGUUUGUUGAUCUUGGCUUUUAAGCCAAGGCAGAGUGGAAAAACUUUGUUAAAUAAAACCAUUAGCUUAGUUUUCAAAAUGCAUGUGUUCUUUUAAGCUUCUUACGUACUCAAAACAUAUUUUUGUAGUCCUGAGGCACGGUUAGGUAGAAAAGCACAGGAAAUCCCAUUAAACUGUUCUUAGUAACUUGUCUUUUGCUGAGGUAGAAUAGUCCACUGUACUCUUUAUCUGUUUCAGCAUAAGAUGUGUUAGGUUAGUACUGCCUUCAGGAACAACUUCAGACUGUAAGGGGAGGUUAAUGUGUUCAAAUGUGCUGAGUCUCUUGUACUCUUAGGACCACAGUCUAAAGUAUGUCACUUGUGUCUUCCCCCGGUUCACCCUAUUAUUUUAGUAUUAUAUCCAAAAAGGCUGCCUCAAGAACUGAGAACAUAAUGCCUGCUGGAUAUCACGAAUGGUUAAAUCUUCAUCCCAGAAUCCAAAAAUGGUGCCUUAAAUGGCAGCUAUCAGUAUUGUAAUUUGUAAUAGGUACCAGCUAAACUGAGACAACUUGACAAGUUGUAGAAUUUAUACAUAAGUUAAACAUCACUGUGAAAAUUGAAGUGUAAAGUUUUCUUUCUUUUUUUGUUUUUUAAACAUUGUCAGGUGAUUUUAAGCUCACAGAAAAAAAAAAGUUGUAGUGUGCUUAUUCAAGUGUCCUGUUUCAUUGCCGUUUCCCAUGUAAUUAAAAUGCAGUUUAUUUUUUGCAAUAUUUGGUGAUCUUGGAGAAACAAGUAUGAUUUUAUUUAAGAGAGUGAAUUCAUUAUGUGUUCUCAGUUAGAUGUGAUAAGAGUCUGGGUUUGGAAGGGAGAAAGGAAAGGGAUUUCUGAAAGAAAAGAGACUGUUAGAGGUGGGACUUCUUACACAGUAAGAAGUAUGAGCUGCCCUUGCACAUUGCAAAGAUGGAUUUUUCCACUUAGGCAUUGCAGUUGAGCCAGGCAUCAAAGCCAGACUCCUCUGGUAAUAACUCCUUGAACCAGGUGUCAGACAUCAGUGAAAGUAAAUGUUCCAGAAAGAGAACUUAGGAAAUAACUAUGAAACACUAUUUAAUCCAUGCAGACCUUCCACAAUGCCGUCUAUUAAAUUGCUGCUUCAGUGCACUUCAGGACAUGACUCAACAAUUUUAAGUACAUCAUACUGCUAAAGGCUACAGUCAUUUGGUCAAGAAUCAGCACCAAAAACUUGAAAAUUAUUCACUUUUCUGGCUUCUGGGAGAAAUUCUGUAAUUACAGUAAAAUUUAAAUAUGUCAUUGUUGAAGAGCUGUAAAAUGCAUGAACACGUGUUCAGAACUAUAAAUAUAAUGUUCUUAAAGUCAAUUUAAGCUUUGCCAUUUUUGCCAUGAUAUCUAUGAAGCUUAAGAACAUACCUCCUCACCAGUUCUUUCUUCUUUUUACCAUUUGGCAAACAUCUGAUGGAGAGCUCAUUUGUUAAUGAAGCCACUUCUUAAUACCGGUAUGACUCUGGAAAUAGCACGUGAAGAUAAAAUGUAAAGCACAAAAUACAUCAUUUUUUCAUGAGGCUGUGAAACAAAAUAGUGCUUAUGUCUUUUUAAUGAAGGGAUUGCUCUGAAUAUAUGGGGAUUGCUCUUUCUUCAACAGGCUUCAUAGAUUUGAAGGUAAGUUAGCUUCUUUUUCAGAAGUUUGGGUUCAUACACUUUACCAUUCUGUUUUGUUCUCUUUGUGUUUGUCUGUCAAGUCCAUUUGACUUUCUCUUCAGUUUUUGUAAAGUGUAAUUCAUUACUAACUCUUCCAGUAAAAAUUUAAUUCACUUGUUGCUCUUUGCUCCUGUGUUUAAAAUUGAACUGCAUCACUACUACAUUAACAGUAACAAGAAAAUAAAUCAGCUGAGAACAUGCGUAAUGCAGCAAUACACUGGGUGGGUAGUAACCUCAGGAUGUGCACUAUAAUAGUUCAAACUUCAGGUUUGGGUUUUCAUUCCAGCUUUAUAAUAUGGAAUAUUCAUUCUUCUGUGGCACUCAGUACACACAUUGAUACUGCUAAAUAAUUUAGCAUAUUAAAAUUUAAAUUAAAAUGUUAAACUCCUCCUCUUUAGAAUUUGAAUUAAUGCAUUGAGAUGUGGCACUUUCCUAAUGUCAAAGCUGGGAACACUUACCAGGUAAAAUGUGUCUGGUUAGCAGAUUGGAUAACUGCUUUUGAAGUCAGGUUGCUUGUCUUGUUAAGGACAUCUUUAUGUGCUCUUUAUAUAAAUUAUUUCAGUAGAAAUCAAAGUGGGGAGCAUUUGAAAAAUGAAUUAUAUGGAAAUUCUACAAGUAGCUGUUCACCUUCCUUCUAAAGAAAAGAUUUUUUUAUAGUGUGUUUGGUUUUCAAGCUGUGCUUCUGAGUAAUUUCAUUGAAGUCAUAGGAUUUGCUCAUGCAACUGGGAUAUGUAAGUAUCUGAUGUUACAGUUUGAAAAUUCUGUCAUCCAUUUAUCCAUCAGUGCUUUUUACCAGCACUGCAGUUCAUUCCUCUGCCUAGCAACUGCUCUGAAUUCAAAUAUGGGAUUUUAUACUUUACUGUCUUGCAGUGAAUUAAACUCAUUCUUAGAAUAUUUUCCAAAAUUCUCAAGAGUAAAGACUGUUCUCUUUUCUCCAAAUCUUGGUGCUUGCCUUCCUUCUAUCUUGGAACUGGCAGAGGAAAGGGAGAAUUGCCUACACUGAUGGGUGAAGAAUCAUGUAAUGAUUUUCAUAUCUCAAGCGUUCAGAAACUUGCAUACCAAUUGACAUAGGGAACUAGAUAAACUUUUUUGUCAUUUGAGAUGGUUCAAACAACUUUUUACAGCACAAGAAAUGAAAGAAAUCAAGUUGUGUUUAUGCUCAACAGUAAUGCAGUUUCAGCAUUCAGUCAUUAAUUCACAAUCUUUUUUUUUUUUGCCUGGAGUAACUUCUUGUAUGUCUCAAAAGGCACAAACUGUUUCAGUUUAAUUCUCUGCCAUUUUCACUUAAAUGUGAUUUUGCUGACUUAGAAUUUAACAAUAAUUUUUCAAGCUGGACUUCUGAAUUUUCUUUUACAAAAUUAAUAACUCUUGAAUGUUAGAUCUCAAAUCUAGGCCUUCCCUUUAAACUAUUUUAGAUCUGGCAAAAAAGGCUUUUUCUUAUCCCCAUUGUUUCCUUGAUGAUACUAAGAAACCUUGGCCUCCUGGGCUAGGGACAGCUGGGCAGAUGCUUGGUGUGUGGCCAUCCUUCCUGUCCUAGAGGUUACCCCUAGACUUUGGCCAUUCCAGGAGCUGUUUUGAGACAAAUAGUAAUCCAUUUUGCUUCACCAGCUUUAUAUGGAGUUCAGACCACAUCAGGGGGGUUGGUUAGUGCACAUCCUGGAUUUUAAAUUCCAUCAGCAUCUUCUGCAGUAAAAUCACAGGUGAAUGCCACUGCUGUUUUUUACUCAUCUAUGGCUGUUGCAUAUUAUUGUUCUGAACUAGUCAUGUAAACAUUUGUAUACAAGAAUGUAUCUCCUGCAGCUAAAAGGGGUCAUACCAGUACAGUUCCAGAAUGAAAUUUUUAAUGCUGCUGACAGUCAUGCUAUUAUAAUCUGCACCAAAAGUCUGUAUGUGCUACCCUACUUCUCUGUAGCAGUAACCAUGCUCUUUGAUGCUUUAUUAAACUGAACUUAAACCUGGUAUCCAUAUGUAUUUUGCCACAGUCUUAAUUGCUGUGUAUUCAAGGUAGUUAGAGUCAAUUGGUAGAGUCAAUUGGUUCAAAUCCUUGUCGUAUGCAUGAGGAAAUUCCUAUGAAUUCAAGCUGCUGAACAUGAUGUUGAUGGAAUUGUUAGUGUACCAGUAAAGGGAAGAACAAAACUUCUUUCACACUGAUGGCAAAUGAUUAUCUUUUCAAGCAUCACAGAGCUGCUGUUAAAACAAGGGAAGAGGAAUCAAUUGACAGCUUCUGUGGAUGAUUGCACAGCAUAAAGUACAAAUAACAGGGCUGACAUGAGCUUUAAAAAGCACUGAUUGCCAGCUUGGGAGUAGUAUCAUCAAUAAUUGGAUUGUAAGUAGCAAUUGCAGUAUUCUUAAAUCAAACCACCACCUCCUGUGGCUUUAUGAAGAUUUUUAGGUUAAUGUAAAAGAAGGUUUUGAGCUAUAUUCCCUUAACAGAUGUUGGAUGUUAAUGUUGCUAUUCCUACAACUGAGUUUGCAGAAGAGACUGUCUUCAUCACUUGUCUUCAAAGUUUAGUUUCUUUGCCUUUUUUUUUUAAGCUAAGAAAAAACAGGAUUUGAAAAUCUCAGGGAUGCUAACAAAGAUAAAAGGGAGAAUUAACAUGUGCAAAUGGUCCAAGAGUACAACUUGAGUAAAUAACUAUAAGAAGGCACUGAGAAAUUAUUAAUUACUUGGCAUUGCACUUUCCUAAGGCUGUUUCCCUUGUCUGUAAAUUUUUGAUAGCCUCCUGAUUCCUAUGGCAAUUAAAUUACAGUAAGGAAAAUUACUGGGUUGUUAAUUUCCACAUGUUGGAAAGCUGUUUGCACACUAUGGGCAACAAGUUAAGAAACAGUGGUAACUGUUUACAAAUGAAUGAGCAGCCAAAUUUCGUCUCUGUUGGAACUGAAGACAGCUUGCACUACCAGCAGCAUUCCUGUCCUUAGAAUAGUGUCUAAAAUAAAAUACCAAGCACGUGGAAAGCUUGUGCGAAGAACCUUUGAAUCCAUGUUUUCAAGGUACCUGUUGCAUCUCGUUGCAUUUUCUGACAGUAUUUCAUUUCCUCUUACAACAAUUGCUGCAUGUUUUAUACGUUGGCUGUCCUGUAGCCUGUCAUCCUCACUGCUGUGACAUGAGGAAGAAAUAGUUAUUCUGUGUACUUUGUGAAUGUACUACUGGUAACAGCCCAGUUUAGUUUCUGCUAUUAGAUCAUCCCAGUACACACCAACCAAAUUUCUAUGGUCUUACAGCUUGCAAAGUAGAUUCUAGUACAUUAUUAAACAUAUCCACAAGGCUUUGUGAACGUCAUAUUUCAAACAAACAGUUUAAAGGGACCUACCAAAAGUGUUUUUCUUUAACACACAUAACCCCACCCAACUCUAUCCAGAGAAAUAACUUAGGCAGGUUUACCCUAAUUUUUCCUCUCCAGAGAGUUUUCUAUUGUCUCUUCCUUUCCCCCCACCCCAUUGUUGUUUUGUUUUUUUUUCAAUAUUGUCCAUACAGCAGCCAUAAGUUAAGGCUCCUCUGCCUUGGUUUUCCAUGGAAAUAAGCAUAUCUUCUCUACCCUUUCCAUUGGCAUAGGCUCACUCCACCCUUCAGGGCUCUGCUGAAGGGUUUGAUGGAAUUGGUGUCAUUCAACCACCCAGCACAUUCAGCCCCUACAGGUCCUGUUUACAUUGCUGGAGAUGACAGAAUUAUGGCAACAAAUAAAGUCACACAGAUCCCUGCUGACUCAUCUGAAUGAGCCUGCAUUGGUUGAGUGGUGGACUUUGUUGUCACAUGUGCAGUGAGAACUGUACAACACAGGCAUGACCUUGCCAUAGUGACCACGCUUCAGAUUUAAAAAAAGCCACUACUGAACAUGCAGACAAAUGGUGUUCACAUCUGUGCUAAACAUUGCAAAUUUAGCAAUAAUAAACAGGUAGUCACACUAAAAAGACAACAGAAAAAGUGUGUAAGAAGAAGGUAUGGAAAAGUGUUGCAUUGAUCCUAGUUCUUUCUGGUAGCUUCCCAACACAACCACCUCUUAAAUACUUACAUUUCCACUAAGGGUAGCCUCAUUGACAGUACACCAAGUUGGAUGGAGGAAAACUACCCCAUGAAAGCAUAAAAUCAGGUAUUCUUGCUCCAGCAACCACAGGAUAUAUUACUGUUUUUAAAUCCAUGAAUGACAAGAAAGCAGAUACGCAUUUUUGAGAGAAGUGAGUUUGGUGGGCAGCAGAAAUAAAAAGGUUGUCUGCCUAGGGACCUUUCCUAUUUAAUAUAUUUAAUCAUUUACUGCCAGUUUGAAAAGAUAGUUCAACUUCAGUCCAGCACUUUAGUGCUAAAUUCUACUUAGACCCUUUUGAACAGCCUGAAGAUCUGCUACAGAGCAACUGCUUUCAGUCUUGAAACCUUUCAAUGAGCAGAAGGAAAAGCAAGGUUCUGGUGUCAUUCUAACUGUAUAAUAUAUCAGAGAAAAACAGCAGAAACACAUCCAGUCAAAGCAUAUGGCUUUAACAGCAACUAGUCUAUUUCUAUGUAAGCAUCCCAAAAUAAAUAAUCCAGUCUCAGGCCUGGCAAGGAUCAUCAAUUCAGCCAGCUUGCCCCUCCAGCACCUCCAGGCGUGGAGACAAUGCGGUGAAAGGGUCUGCAUCUUCAAAACCCACCAUUUGCACGAAUCGUUCUCAGUCAUUUGUAAUAUCACAAAGCAUCAGUACAGAACAUGGGCAAGAGUCCAGAACAUGUUAAAAGUGUCCCCAUAAGGGACACAAAAGGGUAGAAGAAGGCUGAAGAAAGGUAAGACCUGCAUUCAUUCCCUCACUUUGUUUCUUCACAGGCUCCACAACAUUGUGGCCUGCAUUUUCUCUGGAGUCACUUUCCACAAGUAAAUCCCAAUAUUCUUUCUGUGGUGGACAAUUCAGUUGAACCAGAUUCAGUUGAACUCUCUUAAUAGACUUCCAUUCUUUUGUGACUUAAGCCAUCCACAAAUUUUCUUUUAUUCUAAAUGUAUUGAUUUAUUAUAAAAUAAACAUUUAAUUUAUGAUUCAGAGCUAUGGGUAUCAGAAGGAGAUUUUUCAAUUCUGAACUAUCACUGUUCCCCUAGUUGUGACAAAGCAAAUAUAAGUGUUUUCAAAUCAUACAGAUUAAGAUUGAGUAUUUUGAAAUGUGUUUCAAACUAAGUUUGCUGAUGGCUGGAACGAGAAAGUUAAUUCCAGUGAGCUUUUCCAACAGUGAGUCUUAGAAUGGGAGCUGCUGUGAUGAUCUUUUUUAUAAUAAUGUUUUUGCAGCAACACCAGUUGCAAAGCAUUUUACAAAGGUACUUCAAUCUGUAACAUGUCUGCUACUUUUUCUGCCUGCAGUUUUCACUCCUGCUUCAUUAUUUUUGUCCUGAGUUCCUGUUGAAUUUUGUUUAUUAUUAAUUCUUUUUACUGGUUGCAAGUUUUAAGUAUCUUUCAAAAUGGUAAAGAAAAAUUGAUUUUAAAGUUCCAAGUAGUAUCUAUACAUAUUGAGUCCCAAAGAGUGCAUGAAAUUAAUAACUUGGAUGAUUCUCAUUGUGAAGAGGUAUGGGAUACAGACCUUUUCAGUAUCGAUAAACUAAAGCUGUAAGUAAAAUACACUUUUUACUAAGAAAUGCUACAUAUAUUUUGGUCAUAUCCCAAAUCUCACUGUCCAUCAGUUGGUGGUAGAAAGAAUUAAAUCCUGUGAAAUCCUGCACAAUGUAAUGUCUGAACCUCACCUGGCAACUCCCACAUAAAACCACCAGUUUUGUUUAAACCACAUCAAGGACACUUAAUAUUUAAAGAUUUGCCUUUGUGGUAUCCCAGGCAGAAAGAGUUAAAACAAUUCACAGCUUUUUCUUGGAAUUUCCUUCUCCUCUCCGGAGAGGUCUGUUCUGGGGUCAUGUAAACACAGACAUCUGCUCGCUGUCACUUCAUCCUUAUUUUGAAUUCAUAAGAAUAGAAAGAAUCCCCGAGGGAGUUCCAGACCAGGCCACUUUCAGCCACCAGCCCUCCAUGCCUUUAUCCAGUAAAAAGGCAGAUGAACUGAAGGGGCUCAUACAUAUUUCAUUAACCUUCUGGCUAUGAGUUUUGUUAAACUUUGAAGUUAAUAGUACAAUUCAUUCUGUCUGAAAAUAGUAUCAAACCAAAUUUAUUUUUCAUAUAGAAAGUGGACAAAACUUCUAUAUAUACCUAAGGUGUGUAAAGGAAAUUGUGAAGUACAGUAAGUUUAUUAGUAAGAAAACCAUUAAACCAAAGUUGCUGUCUUAAAAAAAAAAGUUUUCUAGGCAAAGUCUGGUAUUUUAGUGAAAGUCUCUCCAUCUCUUGUGCUUCUCUUUGGAGAUACAAACAACCUCUUUAUAUGUGAUUUAGAAAUCAGGGCUCAUCUUUUAAUUACUUUGCUGCUCUGUUACUCCAGACAGCCAAGUGUGGAAGACCUGAGUAAAUAGGAGAACAGUGAUUCACAGUUGUAGAAAGAGCUUUAAUCCCUACAUCCUCCUAAACAGAAAUUCACCUUACAGAUGUAAACAUUGCUUUUAAUAUAAAGUUAAACCAACAUAUUAUUUGUAUUUCAUUAAGCAUCAAAUCAGUCUUCAGAGGGGAUAACGUUAUUAGUCCAACAUUUUGCAUAUGGGAAAAGGAAUGAAUAGCAAGAGGAGAUGUCUUGCUUAAGCCUUAUUAUUGUUUCGUGGCAGAAGAGAACCUGGUGUUUUCUGCCCUCUCUAUUGCAUUCCGUAAUCAAUAACAUUUUCAGAUCAAGUUUCAAAUGCAUUGUGUUCCUAGGAGGAGGGAUGCCCAUAGAAAAUCAGCCAUGCUUUCCAACACAUGGCAAUGAUAUGUGGUAGCUGUUUAAUUCUGUGAGAAUCUCUCUCACUCUCUGCUAUAACUGUUCAUUAAAUGUUCCAAAUUCUGAUAGAGCUCUGGAAAGAACUCCUUAAUUUUCUCAAGCACCUUUCAAAUCUACUGUAGAGAAUAAAUAUGUACUCAGAAACAUUCUCUUAAGAAAAGAAUAAGCAUUCAAGGACUUUGAAUAGAUGAGAAUUUCCAUUAUUUCUUUGAUAACCUGCAUGCUCGUGUGCUUCACAGCUUUCCAGGAGAGAGUCUUCCAUGGCCAAAAUAUGUAUACCAAAUUAUACAUAAUUUUUUAAAUGGAAGGUGGUUUUGUUAAAAACCCCCAACAUUAUUUAAAAGGGAAAUUCUGACAUUGGAGAAUUAAAUAGAAAUCCCUGCUGAAGUUAACAGGGAUUCUGGUUUUCAUGCUUAGUCUGAACUAAAAUCUGCAAUGACAUCAGGAACAAUUGCAACCUAAGAUAAUAGUUUUUAAGUUUUUAUUCACAAUACCAUAGCAAUGGAGGUCACAAUCUCCUUAGAAAAGGAAUAUUUACUCUAUUGAAUUUCACUGCAUAUGGAAAUUAUUUAUGCUGUAAUCAGAAGCAUAGCCCCUUCCAGGGGAAGAUUGUCAAGCAAUUAUCAUGGAGCAAGCCAGUCUUUAGCUCACUAGGCAUUGAUUUAACAAGACCUUUUUUUUUUUUAAUGACCAGUAUCUUCAUAACUGAUUGAUACUUAAUGUGAUGCAGCACCUGCUCUCUCAGUCUCCUGAGGUUCAGCUUUUCAGAUUAAUGUGUCAGAAAGCAAUUGUGACAGUAUUAUAAAACGUAUUGUAAUAAACUUUCUAUGCCUCGGAACAGAAAAAUAAUCCACAAAUUGAUUUCCAGAGUUGAAGCUUCAGGUUGUGAAAGGCUUUUUGGCUGGGGACUCUUUUUGGACAGGAGCUUUAAGUGACAUCAUCACUUGCUAAAGCACAGAACUGUCACCAUAAUUUUAAGUCUUUUCAUGCAUUUUAUUUUUUAAAAGCUACAGAAAAUCAAGUCUAAAAAUGUUAAUGGCAUUUCUGGUAGUGGUCAAGCUGCAGAUGCUGAAUUUCUAUUCCAGCAAUAUGUAAUACUUCACAUGAUGUAAUGAUGUUUUGCAAAACACAGGGUGUAUAAAUGUUACAAACCUGAGUUCUUGCUUUUUAUGACUACCUACAGAGUGCUUAAUGACAACUUGGGGCAGUUUUUGCCUUCCCAUUUAGGCACAGUUUUAGAACUGCUCUGAAGUACAGUAGGAGCUGCCAGCUUCCCCUGUGCACUUUGGAGCAUCCCACCAAUAAGAAAUCUAAUCCCAUUUGUUGGGUCUGGUUAUGUGCUGAUGAAUAUAAUAAUGCUGCUGUGGAUGUGUUCUCUGUCCUGCCCUGCGAAAUCCUUCAGCUGAGUUACAUGACUUGCCAAGGCAUGACACAAGCAAAUGGUAGUUUUUUGGAAAGGGUGGAGCCUGUGUCCUGUUAAACACUCUGCACAGCAAAGCAAGUGCUUUUGCUUUUUUCAUGUUGGUAUUGUCUUGUUAAGCUGUUAUCUCUGCAUUGUGUAGAAACUUGGUCAGUUAUCACCCUUUCCUAUAGCAGGAGCUGUUUUAAAUAUCCAUCACACUUAAAACACUAAACAUAGAUUCCCUCAUAUUGAGUAUCAGUGAAGAAUCUGUAUUUGAUCUUCUUUCUAUUCUGCAUUUGAAUCCUGACUUCUUCCUUUUAGCUGCAGCCUCUUAUGUUGUCAGAAGGAGGUUUUAAACAUUUUUAUUUCCUCAAUAUAACUGAUCCCUCUCAUUCUCAUAGCAUUUUUCUUCCAGAUUCUUUGUAGAAAAUUGAUGAUUUCACCUAAAUUUAAACUACCUGCUUCCUUAUUAUAUUAUGGACCACAGUGGCCAUAUUCCCUUCUGUUGGAUGCUCCUUACUCCCCUUCUGCUCUUGCCACCACAAAUAUGUCAUAUGGAUUAAAUAUUUAGACAGAAACAUACUUUAGUCAAGACAGGAAGAAGCCUCAUAUUGGGACUGCAUCUCAAACAAUCCAAUACUAUUUGAUGGAAAUACUUAUUCAGUGCUUUGAUUUACCGCUUCGCAUAAGGAAGGGCAUUGUGUAAUAGUUUUUACAAUACAAAAGCUCCAUAAUGCUGAAAUCUUAAUACAGGACUGAGGAAUGAAAAAGAGAGGGAAGGGAAAAAGAAAAAAAAAACAAUGGAAGAGGUUGCAGGGUAGCAACAAAUGACAGGCACUUAAAUAAAGCAUGCAGAAUGUUUCCCUGAAUAUGAAGAAACAAUUUGCAUUCUAACAGUUGAGACUAGCAAGAAAUAUCCAAACCCAAAGUGAACUGGAGCUUCCCAGGAGAGAAGUUGAAAGAGAAGGUCAUCUCCAAUUCACCUGAUGCUAAAAGCUGAAACAGGGUUAAAUUUCUGACAAAACAGGUCUGCAAAGUUCUCUUGAAUUUGUUGGCUGUUUUAUCAUUAUCCCCAAAAGGCAGCAUUGUCAUGGCAAGUAUGGUUUGCAAAUAAAAAUUAUUAAUACUACUUGCAUGUCUUGUUUCACUGUCUUGUGUAACCAUAUGUGCUUGCUUGGAAGUCUCACAGCAGGACCUGUAAUCCAUAACAAGAAGCAGUCUGGGGAGAAAAAUGUAUAUAGCUUCUAAAAUCUGCCAGGUUUAGAGCAAUACAUUUGAUGAUGUGGAAUUGCCAAACCAUCUGCAGGUAGGUUUUAAACUAUUAUUUACUACUCCUCAUAUACAGCAUUAAUAGAUUCCUGUUCAUUUCAUAGUUCUCAGUCCAUUCCCUACCCCCUCCCCAUCACAAACAAUUUUUAGAAAAAAUGGGAUUUAAAAAUGCUCACAAUUAAUCUUUGUUCUGCAAAGAAAGCCAGAAAGUGCCUGUGCAGUCAGAAGGUCCACUGCCUUCUUUGUCCUGCGGGCAAGGAUUCCAGCACAGGGAUGACAUGAGUUUUCAAGAGUAUUUGUGGGGCAGGAAAGGUUACAGGACUUCAUAUGGAUAACUUUGGCUGCUGUUUUUGUCUGCUGUGCACAUCAUCCUUUGUUUUCCAGUGCAGGGAUGUGUUUUAAGUUUAGCUCUAGUGUAGGAAGGCUGGGAAUGGCCUGCUCCUCUUCUGUGACUUCCAUGUAUUUUUUGGUACUGGGUUAGCUGCAAAGCAGAAGUCCUAAUUUUUCAAUCCUACAUUGAUUUGCAGGUAGUUUCUGACAUCCAAACACUCUCUGAAGGGCAAUACCAGUAAAGAAAACCAGAAAAUUUCAAAAACAAACAAACAAAAAAAACCCACCACCAAACCAGGUCUUACUUUGAAACCAUUCCUGUAGAUCCUUUUUGCAAUUGGUAAGGAUGAAGGAGAAUGAAAAUAAGUAAGUAAUGAGCUCUUCCUUACUCCUUGUUCAGGGAAAAUCACCUCCUAAAGUCAGGCUUCUGUUUAGUUCUCUGUGCAGCCCAUUCCUGUCUCAGGGUGACCUGGAGACAGAGCAAGGAGAGAAAGUGACACUGGCAGCUCUUAGGGCAUUGAUGCUCAGAGAGGCUCCCAAAGGCAGGGCAAGCAGACAUCAGUGCUUCCUGGCCACAGCCACAUGGGCAAAACCAAGAUCCUCGAAAGGCUGUAGAGAGUGUGCUGUUCCCCAGUGUGGAACCUGCUGACAUGCUUUACACAUUUGUAAAACAGCUCUGAAAAGAACUUAAAGGAGGAAACAAAAAAGGCACCUAUUUUAAACAUUGCUGUGCAUUAAACACUUGCUUCCAGCUAUGUCCUCUAGAAACUAAUUCCACAGCCUAGCAUGCAGGAGGGAGUGCAGCAGAGAGACAUCUGCAGAAGUCAAAUACUAGCCACUCAUUCCCCCAAGUUACCUUAAGGGCAGCACACAGCUGUUAGUUCUGCUUGUGAGUACAAGGCUGGUUUCUGUAACACUUACCCUCGAGUAUUCCCCUUUGUAACCAGCUAUGUCUCCUCUACAAUGUAUUUCCUAAUAAUUAAAAAAAAAUCUUCACAAACUCCCUUUGCAAAAAGUCCUAUUAAAGGUAUAUUCACCAUGUUAUGAGAAUUUGCCAUAUCAAUAGUAUACCCACAGUGCCUCCAGAGGAACUGCUGAAGAAAAAUUGAAGCCGGGCUGUGUGAAGUGAUCCAAGUAUUACCUAUCGGUGAGGGCUGCUAUUAUUAAGUAAAAGAAAACAUUACCAUAAGGUUCAAAGUUCUUUUGACUAUGCCUUCUCUCCAUAGGCAAUUAAAAAAGCCAAAAAUAAGCAGCCAUAACAAGUAAACAACUUUAAAAGCAAAACCCUCAAGCUCCAUCAAAAUGAAUGCAGCUGACUGGGAAAAGCAACAGUUAACCUAUUUGUCAAAUGAAGUUCUCUGCCCGUGUUCACUGCAACUGCAAAGUGCUCUUUCAUUUUCUUCCACGUGGUGGGGGAGCUUAGUAGCUCUAAUCCUGUUCAUCCAGAUGGCCUGUCAGGUUUUAUAGGCAUUCCUUAAAAACAGAAGCAACCUAAUCAUGGUUCAGGUAAUUUAAAAGAAAUUCCUGCAAAACUGCAUCGUUCUUUAAAGCUAGCAGGCAAUAAUUCAUGGUGUUGGCAAGAGGACUGGUUUCCUCUCUUGCCACCAAUUUCAUAGACCCAUUCCUUAAUCUAUGUUGAUACAGGCUGUUCUGCAGUUACUUGUGCAUCUCCUCUUUCAUUUGAUGCUAUUUUACUUGCAGCUGAGGAUAUCGACUGACAUGCAGAUCCCACUGGAAUUAUUACUGGUCCCUUAUUGCACAGCUGGCUACCCAUCUGGCAGUAAGAGCUCAAAGACAGAGAUGUCGCACCAUUCUCAAACCAUUUCAGGUUCAUGCUCCAACAUAAACCAGAGCCAACUUUGUCACAACUUUCUUGAGUUGCAAUAGCAGCUUUCAUGAGAAAAACUGAGUAGACAACUAUAAUAGGUUACACACAACUGCCAGAUCUGCUACAUGCAAGUCAACACCCUGUGAAAUACAGCCUGAGCUUGUCGCCAGAACUGAAGGUCAGGCUUUAACUGUAGCUAUCACCAAAAUAUGGUUUCCAGAGUGAGGUGUUUUGGGCUGCAGCUACACAUCUUGUCAGCCUAAUGUCAAACGACACCUGCAUAAGUGCUGCUGGCCUCUGUAACUUCCAACUGCAUUUUCACUGCUUAUCUAUUGACUUUAUCAGUAAGUGAUGAAGCAGCACUCUGCCCAACCUCAAGUUUAAGAGAACUGAAGAUAACAGCAAGUGCCAUAUUUUUGGAUGGAAGUAUAACACUUGCCAAACGAUUCAAAAGUCUUCAUUAGAUAACUAAUACAGUAGGAAAAAAGCAACAAAAGCCUCAGGUAUUCAAAGCGCAGUUGCUUAAGCCAGGCUCAGUUUACAGUGUCUCACUAGACACUGAAAAUACCAGGCUCUUUGGGUUUGAUUUCCCAUUGCUUCUAACAUGCACAGCAUUCUUUCAAAAGAGACAGCAGUGGAGAAUAUUAACUGCACCUCUGCUUAGACACUGCAAAGAAAAAAUGUCAUGUUGUCUAUCGCCCACCAUCCUGAGCAGCUGACAGGUGCUGAAGCAGCAGCUUCUGAGCACUGCCAAAGCUCCUGUCCCAUACCCACACCCCAGCACUCUGCCUACUCUUGGGGCACCAUCAGUGCUUGAAGGGAUGCUCUGCUGCACCUUUGCUCCCACAUCAUCCACACUGCCAGCAAAGGCUCACAGUGCCAGUCCCUGCGGAGCUCCUUUGAAACAGGAGCAGUAAAUGGGUUUUACUAAUAACUUGGAGAAUUUCAAUACACUGAAAACAUUCUCAGUUUAACCCAAUAUUCUUUUGAAUGCCAUUUGACAAUCAGAGAGGGAAAACAAGGAAAUACUUCAAUUUUCAUGUAUUUUAUUUACAGGCCGCACAAUACAUUUUAUAUACAAAUGGCUUAAAAUAACAAAGAGUAAGCAAGCUGAAGCAUAACAAUUUAUUUUAAAUUAAGUUGUCUCGAAAUAACUCCUGCAAUAAAGUUUCUUCACCCUGAUAAGCAAGUUAAUUUGAUUUUAAGUCAACCCAAGGUAAUUUUAUUUUUAAAUAUAGAAUUCAAAUAAAUUUUCUGGUGAUUCCUUAAUUUCAUGACACACUCUGCAAACACAGAACAUCCCGAAACUCUCAAGAAGGGUAAUAGCCAAAAUUUCCUCAUGUAAAAAACACUAUAACAGAACAGACUGGAGAAAUGUUGUAUGUAAAACACUUGCAUGUUUUAUUAAUGAAAAGAAGAAUGCAAGUAGUAUGUCUGACAUUUUUCUCUCUCGGAAACAGAAUUUACGGUCCAAGACCUAAUUUGCCUGCAGACAAGAGGUAUCCUGUGUUACUUCAGUACUUUAGAAGAUAAUUGUGUGGUAAAAACUGAACUCAUCCAACUGUAAACUUCACCAAAACUGAAAGCAAAAGGAGAAAAGUGCUCAAAACCCUAAGAACUUAAACGUGGCACUUACUGUCUCUGCUUCUAGAAAGCACCUGACACUACUGUGAGAUGGAGAAAAUUUAAGAGAAACCACAUUUUAUGAAAACAUGAGGAAAUAUAGAAAUUUGCCAUUUUAAAAUUAUUUUACCAAAAAAUUAAAAUAGCAUUUAAGGACACAUGUAUUUUUAUACCUCUUCCCCUAGUAUUGCUCAUUCUGUUCAGGAUAAUGACAAGUAGAGAUCCACAAAAGCGGUUUCAUUUUCCUUUGGCUGAAUUUAAGCAUUAUAAUAGUCUUAAGUGUUUUAAGUCAUGGUCAUAAGCAGUUCAGUCAUGUUCACUUUCCUCCUCUUGGUAUGACUAAAGACGACUUAAUAUAAAUAAUGAAGUACUUGCUAUUUGAUAGUCCAUUAUUACAGUAUUUCACUACAUUUAUUUAGAAAUGCAAACACAUAACACUUACUUCUCAAUGUGGUAUCCAGGUCUCUAUAGCUCACUUGGGAAUUGCAGCACAGAAAACAUAAACCCAAAGGAAUGAGGGAGAAAGUAAUAAAAGCCACGUCUCCACAGAAAAAGAACGCUGCUUUCAGAAUGUCUACUACUGCAUCAAAAAUGCAAGAGCCACAUGAUGUAAAAUGCCAGACUAGUACAGGCUCUGCUGAGUGGAGUUCACGCAUAAGGGUAAAAUGCUGCCAUAAGCACCUCAUCAUGUGAUUUAAUUCAAAAGAAAAGUUGACAGGUAAUACACAGGUCCGGUACAAAUUAAUGUGGACCUACUGUCCUUAGAUCCAGGCAGUUCCCUAGCUGCUAUCCUGCUCAGACACAGCUCCAGGCCAGGUGAGAGUGACUGCAGGCACCAAUCCUCCAGCCACAGCCUCAAGGGCAGAGCUCCACACCUGCACCAGCCCAGGAGGAAGGGUGUCAGCAGAAGAGCCAAGAAGAUUCCCUGGAUUGCAGAAAAGACAAUCUCUUCAGAGUUAUCACAUAUAGAAAUACAUUAACUUUCUCUAAAUUAUCCCAACACUGUUGUACCAGGCAAAUAUAGUGUUCAAAGUCACAGGCAAUAAUCCUUAAGCUGGAGAAACAUCAUUGUACAGUAUUCAUCUGCUACAGUAUGCCAGAGUUUUGUUUCUGAUUCAUCUGGAAGCUUUUUGUACCUCCUCUCUCUUCACUUGUGCUGGGGCUGUUGGGGUUUUUUUUUUUUUUCCCAUGGCCAAAGACUGAGGUCCAUUCUGGCAGAACAAUGUCUGAAAGUGCUGCCAGCCCAUAAACAAACUGCACACUCAUCUAUAGAUGCAGAGGGAACUGACUUCUCUACAUUGAAUGAAGCUAACUAAAUGACUUGAAAAUUUAUGUCCAAAAGGGAAGGUAGGAGACACAGCUUCCUCCUUGUAUUUUUGUAUUGGGAGUCAAUUAAUUUAGUUCUCUGAGAUCUAUUUUCCAUUUGAACUUACCUGUGUUUUUAGCCAACAACUGCCAGCAGUUACACCUCAAGUGCAGGUGGGUAACCUCAGACUGCACAUCUUUAGUGAAACUAAGUGCAUAUAAGCUUUGAAAGCUUGAUUCUAGGAAAAAAAAAUACCCAAAACAAGAAAUCUGUGUGUAUAUUUGUGGGUCUGGUGUUUUUAAAGAUUAGUAAACAAAAAGCCUUAGCUCACUGUCUGUAUCGAAAUAAGACCAAUAGUUUCUGUCUUUAAAAUUUUACUAGCAGAAAAAUGCUAUGGGGAUGUCUUUACUCAAGGAAAAAAAAUGGUUCUGUGCACUGUCAUUCCCAUGAAGCUUUUGCCUUUCUUAAGCACAGGCUAUUCAGGUUGUAGGUAUUUGUUUUUGACCUGACCACUUUUAUUUUCAGAUGGCAGCAUUUUCUGUGUCUAGUGAAGGCAACUGCCAGACUUGGGGACAGGGUAAGCAGCAGGAUUCUCUCCAUUCCUCAUCUGCCAGAUCCUCAAACACUAGACAGAGUUAGCGAAGAGAAUUUCCCCAUGCUCUACAGUGUGGGAAUUAGCCAUACAUGAGUCAGGAUUUUAAAUUAAAACUAAAAACCAACAGCUUUGGCUUCUAUUCUGAAAAUCCAAAAAGUCAUUGACAAGACAUUUGUAAUAGUGUAAGUAAAAAUUUUACUUUUCAAAAAGUAGUUUUUAAACACUCAGUUACAUAAGGUACCGAUUUGUCAACUGGAUAAUCAGUUGGAAAAUUGUUUCCAAUAUGGGCUUCAAGACAUUCUUUUACGUACAGCCAAAACAUAACCAUACCUCCUCUCUGCAGGAGAGACUACUUGUUGUCAGAGGAAACAACAACAAAAAAAAAAAACAUGCUGGAAAUUGUAAUUAGUAUGAGGAGUGGCUCUUGGUAAGAG